AACCAUGCUUAUUCCCCUACUUCACGAGGAACUACACCGAAUACAGAGGCUCCUUCCUGUUCUUCACCUGUGCCUUCUGUUGUAAGACGUCUCCGCUAUCAAAAAGAUAAAGAAAUAAAUAAUCUUAAACGAAUAAUACUAGACAUGAAGCGAAAAAAUGAACGUUAUAAGAAAAAACUGCAAAGAUUAGCAUUGAAUUAUAAAGGACCCUCAGUAGAUAACAAAAUCAGACCUAAAAAUCAAAAUACAACACUUGACCCUAAAAUAAAACGCCUAGUGCGAAAGUCAAAUAAGAUACCAAAUCAUCAUACAAAUUCUUUGCCUGAACUACUUAGAAAAGAAGUUGAAAUAUUUUAUGAAGACGAUGAAAAUAGUAGACUUUGCUCCGGAAAGAAAGAAUUUAUUACAAGAAACAAGAUACGUAAACAAAAGCGAUAUCUCAAUGACAGUCUUCUUAAUCUGCAUAAAAAGUUCCUGAAAAAGUCAAAUUUAAUUAUUAGCUAUUCAGCGUUCUGCAAGUUAAGGCCAUUUUGGGUGAUCAUACCUGAUUUUAGAUCAAGAGAUACCUGUUUAUGCAAAUUGCAUGUUAACAUGGAUUUAGUCAUCCAGGGAUUGUACCAGAGGAAGAUACUGGUCACCAAAACUUCCCAAGAUCUUCUCUCUCUGCUAUGUUGCGAUGUAUAUAAUGAAGAUUGUUUACAUCGAACAUGUUUUGCUUGCAAGGAAAGGACAGUCCCCUAUCAGGAAUUUGAUAAUUCCAUCGAAAUAACAUACUGGCAGUGGGAGACUAAACCAUACACGAUCGAAGCUACGGGAAGAAAAGUAAGAUCAACUGAGAAAAUUAAAAAAAGAGAGGAACCUAAGAUUUGCAUUGAAAAAUUUGAGUCAACAUUGAAUGAAUAUUUCGUGCAUUGUGGUAAUGUAGUUGCUCAACAAAAGGCUUUCAAAUAUUUAAAAGAAAAUCUUCAAGAGGGUGAGUGUAUAAUUCAUGUUGACUUUAGCGAAAAUUAUGCAGUUAAGUGCAAUGAAGAAAUACAGUCCUAUCAUUUCGGUGGAAGCCGUAAACAAUUAACUCUACACACUUCGGUAAUAUAUUUUUUAGACGAUGAGAAGAUACAGCAAGUACAGUCUUUUUGUACCGUGAGUGAAUGCCUUCGUCAUGACAUUUCUGCAGUGUGGGCUCACAUCGUACCAGUCCUCCAAUACAUAGGUGAAAAAAAGAGAGACAUUCAUACUAUACAUUUCAUUUCCGAUUCUCCGUCUAGUCAGUAUCGUAAUAAAAAAAUAUUUCACCUAAUUGCCUGUUUGCAUAUCUAUCUAAGCUCCAUUAAAAUCAUUACAUGGAACUACAGCGAAUCUGGUCAUGGGAAGGGUGCCCCAGAUGGGAUUGGCGCUGUUAUGAAAAGAACUGCGGAUCGCGCUGUUUCCCAAGGGCAGGAUAUAAAAGAUAUGCAGGAUUUUGUAAAUGUAAUGGAGCAAAACCUCAAGAAAGUAAAAUUGAGAACCGUUUCUGAGUAUGACGUAUGUGAAAAAGACUUCCUUUUUCCACAAAAUGUGAAAGCUUUUCCAGGUUGCCUGAAAAUGCACCAAAUAGUCUGGAAUUUCGAGUCUCCUAUAGUUGCCGUUCGAAAACUGAGCUGUAUAGAUCAAAACUGUCUGCAUCAGACUGUCAAUUGCAACCACAAAAAGCACCUUGGCUUUUAUCAUUUGGAAGACGAAAUUCAACACAACAAUACCGAUACGGUUACACCGCUAGCUGAUUCAACACGACAACUAAGAGAAAUUGGUCAAUCCUUUUGGACAAGCAGUAAUGAACCAGAUACACAAAAUAUUAAUACGCCGAACAUAGAUCAAAGAAUUUUAGAUGAAGAACUUGAAUUCAAUAUAUCACAUAAACGUCAAAGAAAUCAUAAAGGUGUACGUAAAUCAUUGGGAAUAAAUAAUGAUAUUAAUAAAGAAUUAAUGGAAGAUAACGAGCAAAAAGAAGAUAGGAAGGAUAAUGCUGCGGAAAGAACGGAAAUGUCUCAGUAUUCUGACUUUGAUAAAAUCUCAGAGAUAACUUUUUCAAGAGAUGGAAAUAAACAUUUUAGUGUCGAUUUAGAAAAUAUCAAUCCAUAUUUAAUAGACUCCGAUGAUGAAGAAUUUAAUAUUUUUUAGUAAUUAGUUUUCUACGAUCUCAACCUUACAGUUCCUAUCGUACUGCAAAAUUAAGUCUGAUUUUGAUUAGUAAGUUUUAUUUAAUUUUAAUUAAGAGUUUGUAUUCGGUGAAGUUUAUUUUUGUUUUAAGCUAAAAUUCGUUAUUGUUUUGUGUUAUUAAAAGGUCUUAUGAAGAUUAGUUUACUAUUUCAUGUAAGCAUUAAGUAUUAAUUAUUAAGUAAGUAUUUUAUUAUAGCGUUGAAGCUAGUGUGAUUUAUCAACGACAUUAUUAAAGGUUUAAUGAAUGUUUCAUUUGAACGAAAGUGUUACUGUUUACAUAAUUAUAAUUAUUAUCUUGUGUCAGCCAAAGAGAGUACUUGUUAAUUAGUCAUAGGAGUUAUUAUUUCAAUAUUUGGUACAAUUUUAUAAUAAAGUUGAUUGGAAAAAA